CUUCUCAUGCAAUCAAAGAGCUUCAAGCGGGACAAGUGCAGUGGGCUGCGCUUCCGGUUGCUUGCAUCUCUCGAACGUGGAUGAAGUAUGGAAAUCACACGCUAUUUACACGUGUAUUUUCAAUGUGGUAAUCGUUUUUCACAUGGCGUUUCCGGCGCUGUGCGAUUGUGACACUGCCCAUAAUGACGUCGACGCCACAGACGUCGACGGUGGCCGCCAUGAAGGCGACCGCGCGCCAGGCGAUGCACACGCUGGGCCUCGACACGGCAGACAUGUCGACGCCGGCGUCAGCAGUCGGUGCUCUGGACGCCGCUGUGCGCAACGCGAUGAAGGCCGGUGGCCUCUACGAACGCAUUGCAUCGCCAUCCAGCAAGCGCGCUUACCUCGCCGACAUGGCGCCGCCAUUGAGCCUCACGGGGUGCGUCGUCGCGGCGACGCUUGCUGCUGGCACAAUCGCCAUCGACUACCACCUCACCGAUGACGCCGAGAAGGCCAACGUGGACGUAUCCCUUCCGAAUCUGGGCUUUUGGGCGGCGCGGGCAGCGAGCAUCGUGGCCGUCAAGCGCGUUCUCGAGUUCAGCGCACUCCAAUACCUCGGACCGCGCAUCACGGACAAGCUGACCAAGGACAUUGGCGAAUCGGCGCUGCGUAAGGCCGCCUCGCUCGCCCACCCAGGCGCCCCGUCCGUGCGUAUCUUGUACACGGCAGCGGCAGGUCUCCUCUUGACGAACGUGGCGGUCUCUGCCGUGGACCUGGCCAUCGGCCUCGUCCAGUACGCGCGAGGCAAGCCCGUGUCGCCGCUCGCAAUAACGCUGCGGAGCCUCGAGAAGAUUGUGACUACAACGUACAACAUGAUGCUGAGCGCCUUCGUUGGCACGAUCUUCCUCUCGCCUGGGGUGGGCACAGAUACGAUGCUUCUCUUUUGUCGGCAGCACGACCCGACGGCAAGGUUUCUCUACCUCUUAUAACGUCGACUGCACGCUCCCUCCAUAAGACAAAAUUUAGCAAAAAUGACUAAAUGGAAUAAUGGCAUUAAGUAUUUCACUUCGAGA